UAGACCGCACAGCAAGCAAAAAGGUGAGUGUACGGCUGUGUAGAAGCUGCCCAGAGUGUUGUGCUCGUUAAGAUUUUCUGUUCCUUAGAUCCGAUUUUGAAAGUUGAAGGUAUUUGUGGCGACACAGCGUGGACACGUUGUCAACAGCGAUUGGUUCUUUAGAGGUGCUCUCUGUGUGUGUCUGUGUGCGACUUCUUACGUCGAAAUUUGUAAUCACAGAAAUUCUCAAACUAUUUUUCGUCGAACAAUUAACCUCCACGUGCCACGUUCCAAGAACCGUUCCAAAUCGCACGAUGAUCGUCUUUCGGGACGUUUACUUCCAACGUGGCGCAGUUGUAGAAUUCGCCCUCGGACCGGGCCUGUCUAGCGGCUGCAAACGUCAUCGCCACUUUUCCCUAUCAGCAUGUUUUUGCGUGCGUGCGAAGGUUUAGGUGUGUGUCUGUUUGGGGGAGAGUGAAACCGAGAUAGAGCAGAGCGAGAUGAGCAAAACGGCGAGAUGAGAAGCAGCUAAAAGCUGGCUUGAGUUAAAGCGAGACGGCUCGAUUUGUGACGUUGGUGGUGGUGGUGGUGGUGGUUGCAACAUAAGCAAGUACGGCAUGAACCGGUCCCUUGCAACCACCCUCUGCAAACCCUGCCGCAAGCACAGUGAACGUAUCCGGGGAAGGAGGCGAGUUUGUUACUCCCCUCCAGGGGCGCACACCGAGAUAGGACGGCGCGCAUAAGUCGCGAAGAAAGUUUACUGCCCGGGAGCAAUCUGGACUACUUUCAAUCUGCUCGCUGUCGACGGCGGUCGCCUAUACCUCGUCGCUUCUUGUACAGCUCAGUGCGUCCUCAGCUCUGUUCCACACGAGUACCGGGUCUUUGCCGCGGUCGGAUUCUUGCGAGAUGCUUUCCAAACUCAUCGUCCUGUCGUGCCUGGUGGCGGUGGCCAUCUGCGAGUCCAAGCUGAAGGUGGACGUGGUGAGCGUGCCCGAGGGCUGCACCGUCAAGUCGAAGAACGGCGACAUGCUGACGAUGCACUACACCGGCAAGCUGACCGACGGAACCAAAUUCGACUCCAGCUUCGACCGUGACCAGCCUUUCACCUUCCAGCUCGGAGCCGGCCAGGUUAUCAAAGGAUGGGACCAGGGACUGACAGACAUGUGCGUCGGUGAGAAGCGUAUGCUGACCAUCCCGCCAGAGCUCGGCUACGGUGACCGAGGUGCCGGAAACGUCAUCCCCGGCGGUGCCACCCUCGUGUUCGACGUCGAGCUGAUCAACAUCGGCGACUCGCCCCCAACCACCAACGUGUUCAAGGAGAUCGACGAGAACAAGGACAUGCAGCUGAGCCGCGAGGAGGUGAGCGAGUACCUGAAGAAGCAGAUGGUCGCUGCCGACGGGGGCCAGGAGUCGGAGGACAUCAAGAACAUGAUCGCCGAGCACGACAAGCUGGUGGAGGAGAUCUUCCAGCACGAGGACAAGGACAAGAACGGCUACAUCUCGCACGACGAGUUCUCCGGACCGAAGCACGACGAGCUGUAAGACUGUGCCCCCCCGCCCUUCCAUGGGAUAGUGUCCCCUGGCCGUGGGACGUGGACGGGAGCCGUCGUUUCCGUCGGUUUUUUAGUAAUUUUAUUAUAAUUAUCUUCCACCUUACGUUUUACAAAAUACGUCGAUGAAAUCAACGUCCAACUUACGGUUCUAUUUAACGUACGUUAGUUAGUACGCGAGACACAACUCACCGACACUCACAACGCAGACGCAGAGUUGGGGACUUUGUUCGUACGGUUUCGAACAGUUGUUAGUGGUUUGUUGAUUUUUGGUAGUUAGUCCUUUUUUGUUCCGUUGAAUGGUAGUGUUUCGUUUGUGUCGGGUGGGAAAGCUUUAUUUUAAAAGAAACUACACGUUCAAAAAGAGACAGCGAGAGAUGCAGUUGCACACUCUAAACAACAGCACAUUUCUCCCAAACGGAAACAAACGCACAUCAUCGCCGUUGCACGGUUCGAGGUGCACAUAUGCAGCGCAUAUACCGACAAGCAUAAGCAGCAUAAUCAUUCCCAUUCGUUUUCUCUUGCUUUCGGUUUUGGUCGUGUAAAUACAUUCACAUCACGCGGAAUAGUACUUGGGGGUGGGUGAGCGAUCGUGUUUCAGUUUUAGAGGAAUAUGAUUGUAGGAACGCCAUUGAGCAUUGCGAAAACGUGUCCACAUCAUCACAUGGUAACGACUACAAUGUACACGAACAAUACAUAUCACAGGAGCAAGAAGAACAACAACCAUAACACACAAACACGGAAAAUAAACUAUUUGUACGAAAAGGAA